UGCUCAUUCCGCUCUUCUGUUCGGUUUUUUGGUUGUUCACUGCUUGCAUCUGCUCGGUCUGCUUCCCUUUCCCUGCUCUCCGUUUGUUCUGCGAUGGGUUCGGCCGGCUGAGCAGGCCGCCGAUUUUGCUUGCUGCGGGGUUUCUGCCGUCGUUCAAGCUAUACGAGCGUCGGAGCGUCCACAAGAGCUUGAAGAUGAUUGUGCCGCUCGCGAUGGCGGCGGCCGCGGCCGCGGGGGCGUCGCUGAGGAAGGCGGCGCAGGAGGUGCUAUCGCCGCGCGUGCUCCACUGCUCAUCCCUACCGCUCAGCUCUGUCACGCCGCCGGUGGCCGACCCCUUCAACCAGUCCCCGGCAUUGGUGUCGACUUCACCGGCGGAGGAGGCAGCGGCCAUCCCGUCUUCGCUGCUUGUGCUUGCUGAUUUGUCCGGUGUCUUUCCUUCGCCGAGGAUUUUCCCCUUUGAUUCGUGGAGCGGUACUACCUGGUCCAUGGCAACAGAGCAGGAGGUCUUCUGGGCGCCCGCGCCCCUCACCACCAAGUCCUGAGCCGACGUCGAGGGCGAUGACGACAACGACUACUUCGCCACCACCACCACCCCUCGCCCCGUAUGGAUCACCUGCCAUGGUGAUGACAGGGUCAAGGAGGAGGACGAGGAUGCCAUGCACGCAGUCCUGCAGGAGGUUUAUUUCUCCAUAUGAAUGCCUGCUGUCUGCUACGCAUGGAUUUUUUAGCUUGAUUAAAUGCUAUGUUUGUGUUGCGUAAUGUUUGAUUAUAGAUAGCGAAUAGAUGCUAUACACAUAUGCGAGUACUUGUUGGAUUGAGGUAGGGUAUAUUCAGUUAGCUGUAGUGGUAGUGCUGAUGCCUGCAGGAUUAAUUUUGGCAACUGCGAUGCUUGGUAGACAUAUGGAUUUAUAUGUGGGUAUUGAAGGCUGUACAGCAUGAGGUUAGAAUACACUAAGUUUACUUAUGCUUUUGCAUAAUUAGUUUUACAGGCUAUGUAUGCGUUCA